UCCACUAUAUAUGUGUAGCUCUUGUACCUAUAUUUUAAAUAAUGAACGGCAAUUUUUGUCUUAUCAGAAUAACACCAGUUUAUGCCGUGGUUAUAGCAGUAAGUGCUACUUGGAUAAAAUAUUUAGGACCCGGGCCGCUGUGGCAGGAUACUGGGAAUGUGCUGUACUCUCACUGUAGGAGUGGAUGGUGGCGCAAUCUACUGUACAUAAACAACUACAAAUAUAACUCCCAAUGCUUACUGCACUGUUGGUAUCUUGGAGCGGAUAUGCAAUUGUAUUGCUUGGGAAUAAUUCUAUGCGUGAUUUUGAAGAAGAAAAGUCUGAGGAAACCUGUGUUGGCUGGUGUUUUAUUAAUAGGGAUUGCUGCGAUAGCUAUUCACACUUACGUUCGUGAUUUAGAUCCAAUAUUAAUUUUGUCUCCGGGAGAAGUUAAGACGCUGUUUUGGACCGCUCCCACUUUCAACGAGACGUAUAAAAUGGGCCACGCUAAUAUACCCAGCUUUAUCAUUGGUAUGAUGCUUGGUUACUACGUAUAUGAAAAACGAAAAACCGGAUUACAAGUACCAAAGAGUAGAGGGCUAAGAUAUAUUUACUGGGCGCUAGUACCCCUGGCAAUGGCUGUCAUGUUCUCAGGAGAGCUGUUCUAUCGUGAUGCGCCCCGCGAUCCACUUUCAGUCCGCGUCGCGUAUGCGGCUCUAAUCAAACCCAUAUUCUCAUCCCUGAUAGCUAUGCUUUUAUUAGGAAUGAUAUUUAAAAUAGAAAAUGUGUUUCGGAGAGUAUUAGAAUGGGACAUGUGGAUAAUACCAAGCCGUCUGUCUUAUUCCGUCUAUAUAAAUCACAUGGUAUUAAUAAGACUGUAUAUAGGAUUGAGCCAUUCUUUAUUUUCUGUUUCCGAUACGAACAUGAAUUUGUUGACUGUUUGUGUGACGCUAUUUUCGUUAAUCGUCGCCGUUCCACUGUGUUUGCUGAUUGAGAUUCCAUUUCUUCAAGUCUUUAAAUGUUACGUAAUUGGAAAUAAUAAGAAAAAAGAAAUUGAAAAAUCAUUGUAAAGAAAUAAUAAUAAUAAUAUCUUUGACAAAAAGCUAAAGCAAAAGACUAAGAUGAAAUUGCAUAUUUGUUUGAUACAAAGUACAUUAUUGUUAUA